AUGAUCUUAUUUGUUUACUAUUUGCGACGACAAUUACAACAACAACAAUUGCUAUUGAUUACGCUUUUAUUACAAUUAUCGCCUCUGCAACGUAAUUUUGACGUAUCAGCGCAGUGGAUUACAGUCUCCGAAUUUUCGAUGCGUGUACCGGGUCGUUGUACUAAUACCAAUGAUAAUUCAAAAAAUUCGCAACGACAACAGUUUGAUUGUGGUAGUAACAAAAUGCAACCACAGCAACAACGUUGUAUUCCACUUCAACAUUUCCAUGAUGGUAUUGUGGAUUGUCCCGAUGGAAGUGAUGAGUUUUGCUUUCCCGGUUAUGUGAAAUGUGGCUCGUAUUGCGUGUCACUACAAUAUGCAGCUCAGUGUUUUAUUAAUCCUCGAUGUGAUAAUUCGCCAACAUCACCACAAUUUUGCGAUGUCACCAAGAAAAAAUUAUGUUCAAUUGAGGGAACAGUGCCUUGCAAAGGUUAUGGUGAAUGUGUCAUGAGAAAAUGGAUCGAAAAGGGCCAAACGAAUUGCAUCGAUAAAUCUGAUCAAGAUCAUGUUUACAUUGCUGUAUUUGGUAUUAGACGUCGCACUAAUCUAUAUCCAAAUUUGCAAUUUGGUGGCAAUACAUCUGAUGUCUUUCGAGGUAUGACUAGCACUCAGCGACUUAAUUCAUCUUGGUUGCAAUCAGUUUCUCUUUCACCAUCAAAUCCUGGUUGGAGAAAUGAUACCGAUCGUGAUUUUACCUUGGAGAUCACAAAGGAAUGGAAUAAUACAACCAUUCAAUCAACAACCAAGCAAUUCGUAUUUCAAAUACCGAAUAGUAACAUGAUUGAUCUAGAUUUAAAAUCUUCGAAUUUUAAUACUACUACGAUAUAUAGUUUCACCAGCAAAGCAGAAAAUUUCAAUGAUUCUAUUCAUGUAAAUCAUCAGGUACAGCAAAAUUCUCAAAAUAUGAUUCCGACGAAUAGACAAGAGCAUUUUUCUAACACUUAUCAGAAUUUUACCAUGCCAGUUGAGGCUAAUCAAGUAGGACAUGAUUCAAGUGAUAACUCAAAUGGAAUUACUACUACUACAUACCAACUUCAUUUGACCACUGUAAAAUCGAGUAUAACUGAUUUUUUUACUGCUAAUUCUGCUGUUGAAAUGCUGCAAUCAUCACUCACUUAUCGUCGCGGUGAAAAUCCAACGCAACAAAUUUUCGAAAAAUUAGAAAGUUCAAUAAAGGCAUCAAUAAACCCAGCCGAAAUGGCUAAAUCAUCCGAUGCUAUCCCAGCUGAUAACAAUAGCAACGGAACGGAGUAUAAUGAUAUUUUAAAGCAAAAUACACUCAUUGCACCAAAUGGAAUUUCGUUAUCAUCAUCUAACCAACAACAGAAUCAGAAUGAAAUCUUUAAUCUUUCUCCAAAUAAGAUUUCGAACAGUACCAAAAAUACAGCAGUAAUAUCAAAGGAACUACAAUCACCAUCACUUACACCAAAUCAACAUUUGGAGGAAAGUAAUAUUAGUACCACACCCAGCCCAUCACCGAAUCAAAUAGCAUGCGCUCGUUACGAGUACGCAGAAGCACAACGUUUAGUACCGAAGCCCACAUGCACUUGUCCACCAGGACAAAUGCCUAGUGGUGAGAAUGCCACAUGUAAAACAACCAUAGUAUCAACAUUUGGCAUUGAUGUGAAUCACAUAUGUGGUGGCAUGGAAACGGAUCCGGAAGAGCGAUCUCGACUUGCCAUUUUAGUGUUGAAUCGAACCCGGUUACCUUAUCAGGCUUGUGUUCGGCGUGAUGGUUAUCCAGUUAUGGUACAGCUUAAUUGCUCCCAGUGUACUACUACGGAAUUUGACGAAGCUUUCAAACGAAAUUCUAAUGAUCAAUAUAUACCUCUACGAAUAAUGGAGCUUUCUCUUGGCGCUUGCUUGACAUCAGCGCUAAAUGAUUGUGAUCCAGAACAUGCUGAUUGUUUGGUUAAUGGUCCUCGAUAUGAAUGUCGAUGUCACGAGGGCUGGAAUGAUACCUCAGAAGAAAUAGGACAAGCAGAAGGAAGACGAUGUGAACAGUUGAUCUCACUUGCCAAUGGAUGUAUUCUAUUUCUUGGCUACUGUUUGUUUUGGUGGUUUCUUUUAUUUGGUAUCAUCCUCUUUUUGGUACUAUUAUUGCUAUGUUUCCUUUACUACAUUAUAUAUGAAUGGUGCAAGAAGCGAAGACAACGAAAUGUUGUAGUAGAAGAACAGGGCCAUUUGGUUACAUCGAAAAUUGGUUCAGUCACAAAUAGCUUUUCUAAGGUGGCUACGACCGAAUCAAUCAAUAUGACUAAUAAUCCUAACUCCAUUGGCUUAAAUAACAUCUCGGAUGAUGAAAAAGCAGUAUCAACUGUUGAUACCAAAUGUAUUGCCAACUCUAAUCCAAGCAACAAUCAAAAUGUUUCCAAGGCAACGAAGAAAGUUCUCGUCAGCCAAGAAAGUGUGGAAUCGUUAGAUGAGUGGCAGACAAAUGAUGAAAUCAACAAAGAUGAAAAACAAUCACCAAAAAAGCAAUUAGAAGUUUCCAAACAAACCUCUGGUGGUCUGAAAUCUGAAAGAAAAGAAACACUGGCCAAUAAAAUCAUUAACGCUGAUUCACUCGUAUCCUCACAUAAGAGACUGAAGAGAACUACAUCAGAAUCAUAUACAACAUCUAACGAAGUGUCAUUGGAAUCUCAGAAGAGUACAAAUAUGAUGACACAUGUUAUAUCACAGAAAGGCACCGAAGUGUUGCCAAGUGGUGGGAAUGUGAUAAAAAAAUUAGAGAAAGCCGAGUCCACGAAUUCUAAUGUAAUGAACGUCAGUCAGUCAUUAUCGGAAACAUCACUACGUACAAUGUGGGAAUUAUUUAAGCAGGGCAUGUGGAAACAAUCGUCCAGGCCUAGUUCUAUCAAAUCUUCAACACCGUCUCUGGACCGUCUUAUCGAUGUAUUCUUGUGCCGAAAGAGAAGUAAGAAAAUUCAUCCUGAUGCUAUCACAACAUCCAACAGCAUCGAGUAUCCAUUGGAUACUGUUAAGACAGUGGAUCAUGGGAUCGAUAUCACUUCUCAGUUAUCAGAUACUAUUUUCACAACGGUUACAACGUGCUGCGGUACCAUUGCAGCUACAGCAACAACAACAACAACAACAGCUAAUAGUAAUAUUCCUAAAUUGCUGCAUCCAGAACAUGCCGUUAGUUCCUCUAAUGAUGUAGUCAAUACUAACGUACCAAUGCAAACGCAUGUAUUGGAGCAAAAGAUUAUAACUGACACAAAAACAUCAACCGGCACGAGUACCAUGUCAUUGCUACCGGGAGAGCUACCGCUGCCAUUAAAUGUUGCAGCAGCACAAUCGCCUAAUUCUAGCAUUGCUGUUGCUAUAUUUGACCGAUCAAAACACAUUCAAGCCAACCAACCAACGUCGGGUGUAGCAUUAACUGCCGCAAAUGAGAUACUUCAACAAAACAAUUCAACCAAUGUUACAACUGCCGUUGAGAUGCAACAUUCUGCAGUAGAGAAAAAUGCAGCUUUUGAUCAGAAACCAUCAACAAUCGCACAAAUUGAAAAUGAAGCAAAAGAUCCAAUGAAUAGCAAACUGUCUACUACUACAAUUGCCACUAGUUCAGAUAUACAGUUAGAACGAUGGAUCAGCACAGCAGAACCCUGCUCUAGCGUACUUUGUAAAAGACAAUUUGAGCAUGGCAGACGACUGAAUAAUGAUGCAGAACAAAAAACGCCAUCGACAGCCGAUGAAUUAAGGGAUGCAUUAAAAGAGAUAGCUUCAACGAAACCACCAACAAAACGACUCACUGAAAACCAAAAAAAGAAAUUAAGUGUAUCAUGUGGACAUUUGCAUAUUCAAGGUGAUAAUGAAAUCGGCGGGAAAGGAGGUGGUUUUAUUUGUCAGUCACUGGCUACUGCUAGACAACAGUCUCGACGAAAACUUUCUAGUAUAGCGGAAAAAAGCAUCGAAAUGAUGAAUGGUGGAAGCCAAUUGAUACCAUCGCCAAGUAGUAUCAGUUGUCCAACAACUACUCGUAGAAACAAAGGAUUUAUACCGACGUUUGAAAGAAAUUUCAAUCCAAUGAAUGAUGGUAACAGUAAACUGGAGCAUAACCGAACCAAUACUAAGGUGAGGCUCAGAAAGGAUAGCGAUACAAGCAGUUGGCAUCAACGUCCGAUUUAUAAUGUUGACUCACGACCAUCGUGGGAUUUUUCACCAUUGAAAGAUGGUGAUCUGGAUCGCAUUGCGCCACUCAAACCUGGUUUUUUACAUUGUUAUCAGCGGCGGAAAUGGCUUUCACCAUUGCCUCUUGAUGACGAACGUGUUACAGCCUUACGAUUAAACAGAGGAAAUAUGAGUGGACGAAGACAAAGUGACUGGAGAUUGCAUGACGUUCCCCAUGCACCUAUAGCGCCUACAUCACAUUCAGCACGAUUAAAUACUCAUUUAUCAUCUGCCAAAAUGUUACGGAAUAGCAGUGGCAUAAAGUGGACGCCAUAUAGUUCUGAAGAUCACAGCAAACCGGCAAAAGAACAGUUGUGGUGGGAAACUGCGGGAUGUCUACUGCCAGUAACUGUUACGCUUAUAACUACCGCAAUUACAAAAAGAUGUAUCCGGAAAAUUGGGGACGAUGGACAGUAUUGGAUUGAUAUUAUCGAAGUAAAAUACUCCAGGCAUAUUAUCGCACAUAAUUUCGCUUGUAGUUACUAUGCGGAACGGACGUUUAGUAUCUUUAAGAAGUUUUUUAUUCUAGUGAGCUGUAUAACGUUGUGGAAUAUCAUGUAUCUAUUAUCCCAUUAUUUGUUCAUUCCAUUCCUUGCUUAUUACUUAUUACUGCGAGUGAAGAACGCUAGUGGCCAGCAACAACGACUACAGCUAAGUGAUACAUCAGUUGAUGAAUGGCGUGGAUAUUUCAGAAAAGAACAUUCUUUGGCUAAACCAUAUCAGGGUAAUGGAAUGGGUAUUCCAUAUUGGGAUAUACAAGGCACAACCAUCGUUACUGCACAGCAUGUUCGUUUAACGUCGGAUACGCAAAGCGUUCAAGGCGGCAUUUGGAAUAAUGUGCCGGUGAGUGCUCGAGAUUGGGAGCUACAUGUGAAUUUUGCAAUCCAUGGUUCCACUGGUGAUUUGUUUGGUGAUGGAGCAGCUAUAUGGUAUGUGCAAGAUCCUGGCCAAGCAGGACCUGUAUUUGGAUCGAAAAAUUAUUUCCGUGGUUUAGGAAUUUUUCUGGAUACUUACAGUAAUCAUAAUGGACCACAUGGGCAUGGUCAUCCGUAUAUCUCAGCAAUGGUCAACAACGGUUCGCUGAAUUAUGACCAUGACAUGGAUGGCACGCAUACACAGCUGGGUGGUGAACAUACAGGUUGUGAAGCGAAAUUUCGGAACAGACAAUAUCAGACGCAAUUAUUGAUCCGAUACGUUGGCGAUGUACUAUCGAUCUAUACUGAUGUUUUGGGCACUGGAAAAUGGAAAGAGUGCAUGAUUGUUGAUGGCGUCCAGUUACCUACGGGAUAUUACUUCGGUAUCACAGCUGCUACAGGCGAUUUAUCCGAUUAUCAUGAUGUCAUAUCGGUGCGAAUGUUCGAACAAGAGUUUGUACAUGUGCAGGAUGAUACUGGUAUUACCGUGGAUCCUCGGCAGCGCGAACCUUAUGCACAAAAUGUUGCAGCACCACGUGACCAUAUAGACCAACCACCGGCAUCAAAAUUAGGAUGGAUUGGUACUACAGUAUUAGUAAUAUUAGGUGGUGCCUUGUGUGUGUUGGUUUUAUGGUUUGGUGUUAUUUUUGUCAAUCAUCGGCAGCAAAUGUCGAAGAAACGAUUCUAUUGA